AUUUAAAAAGCUAUACGCAACCAACGCGUUUAAUAAGCCAAUUAGCGCAAGGUAUUUUGUGUAUUAUUUCCCGUAAAACGCAUUUCAUUUUUCAAGUUGUAUUCAGACUUUAUUAACAAAAUGUUAGGAAGGAAAACACAGCUACUUUUUCUCUUAUGUUUGACCACCUUGUCACAACAGACAGUUGCUGAAGAGAACUCGAAUGGCAUCCACCACAAGCCAGCGCAAGUGGUUUCAGAUAGGCAUAGCCCGUUCGCUAAUCCCAAAUCCAUUAGUAAAGUUAAGGCUUGCCAGGGCGGUGAAAGCCUAAGCCUUUUCUCUGGAAAUUUCACUUCGCCAAACUAUCCGAAUUACUACGACAACAAGCUAUAUUGUACAUGGUUAAUCCAAAUGCCAUAUCAAGGCUACAUUGUCAACCUCACAGUCAUCGACCGCCAGUUGCAAUACAGCCAUGAUUACUUAUAUCUGUAUGAUGGCCCUUCAACAAAUUCUCCGCUUCUAGCUGCAUUAACUGGUGCCAUGUAUUUUCCUACUACAUAUUAUUCUUCUACUAGCACCAUGUUCGUUGUACUAGAAACCGAUGAUUACGGCCAAGAGAAGGGUUUCAGGGUUAACUACACCAAUGCCUAUCCUCAGAAAACUACAGCCCCGACCGUUGUGUUAACAACAGCAAUUCCCGAUAAAGCGUGUAACGGGGGUGAUUAUAUAUAUUCACCUUCAGGUUACAUAUCAUCACCUAACUAUCCUGAAAACUACGCCGAUGAUUUAAGCUGCACCUGGCAGAUCAGGAUUCCAAACAACUACAACGUUAUAAAACUUUCAGUUUCAGACUUUAACGUUGAAGAUGUAUUUGAUUUCCUAAACGUAUACGAUGGUCCUUCUAAUAACUUUCCUUUAAUAGCAUCAUGGACUGGCCAAUAUUAUUCUGAAACCGUUUAUUCGUCUUCGUGUGAUAUGUUUUUACUUUUUCAUUCUGACCCUGUGUUGGCGCGGUCGGGUUUUAAGGUUUACUUUGAAUCUGUAAGUCAAAUUGAAGCGUCGAAAAGAAAUAAAGAUAAAUAA